AUGGUCGGGCAGCACCUCCACCACGCCUUCCGCUCCUGGUUCCACGAGACCGAGUCGGACGGCACACCCCUCCUCCCCGUCCCCCUGUCGAAAAAGUACAAGGUGCUCCCCGACGUCCUCGGCCAGGGCUCGUUUGCCGUCGUCAAAAAGGUCAUUGAAAAGACGACGGGCGAGGAGCGCGCCCUCAAGAUCAUCGCAAAGAAGCCCCUCAAGGACAACAACGAAAACAUGCUCCGCGAGGAAAUCGCCAUCCUCGGCCGCGUAGAGCACCCCAACAUCAUCAAGAUGUGGGACCUCUACGAGACAAAGGAGGGCGUCUUUAUCGUCACCGACCUCUGCCGCGGCGGCGAGCUCUUCGAGCGCCUCGUCGAAAAGGUCCACUACAACGAGCUCGACGCGCGCCACAUUGUCCGCCAGAUUGUCGAGGGCGUCGACUACCUCCACGGCCACGACAUCAUCCACCGCGACCUCAAGCCCGAAAACAUCCUCCUUCGUGACAAGUCCGAGCCCAGCAGCAUCGCCAUCUCCGACUUUGGCCUCUCGCGCUUCAUCCCCGACGAGGGUCUCCUCAUGACCGCCUGCGGCUCGCCCCAGUACGUCUCGCCCGAGGUCCUCCUCGGCAAGGGCUACGGCCCCGCAGUCGACCUCUGGUCCACGGGCGUCAUCGCCUACGCCCUCCUCGCCGGCUAUACGCCCUUUUACGGCGACGACCAGCCCAGCCUCUUCCAGCAGAUCCUCAAAAUGCAGGUCGAGUUUGAGCCAGAGUACUGGGGCGACGUGUCGGAGACGGCAAAGGACUUCGUCCUCCACUGCCUCUGCCCCGCCGACCGGCGCAUGACGGCCAAGCAGGCCCUCGCCCACCCGUGGCUCGCCGACCUGCCUCCGCUCCAUGAGGAAGCCUCGCGCGGAUGCUGCCUCAAGGACCGCGCCCUGCGAAACCUCUCGGCCACCCGCCGCCUCCGCAAGGCCGUCACCGCCGUCGAGGCCGUCAACCACCUCAACCGCCUCCACAGCCUGCGCCAGCAGCACGGCACCUCGAUGCCCGAGGGCCAGCGCACCCUCCUCAGCAUCGUCACCAACAUCCAGCAGCAGCAGCUCAACGGCGCGUCGCUCGAGACGGUCCAGCUGGACAAGGACGCGACAACGCCCGCAGGCCAGGAGAACCUCCCCGACGCGCCCAACGGCAACGGCAACGGCAGCGCCGAGGCGCAGAACGACAAGAAGCGCAAGCAGCGCGAUUCUGCCAUGGCGCUCGACCUGGUCGUCAUGUCGGUCUUCCUGCCGCAGAACUGGGGGUCAGCGGCAUCGGGCAAGCCGUCGGGCUCGUCCGGGUCGACUACGGGCGGCGCCGGCGGUAGCAGCGGCAGCACCAGCGGGAGGGCUGGAACCGCUAACGUGGCGGAUGCGGUCCAGCGGACGAUGGGCGGCCAGCAGGAGGAGGAUGAGCACGGCGCGGAUGACCAGGACGAGGGCAAGCCCACUGCAGCCGCCGGGCAGCAGGGCGGCGACAAGCAGACCAGCGGCGGCGCCGGCGUCACGCUCAACACGCUGCUCAACCAGUACAAGAGCGCCGAGGUGCCCGCGUCGGCGCGGCUCGAUCCGGCGGUCAAGACGCGCGAGCCGGCCAAGAUCACACUGUCGAAUGCGUGGAAGUACGUGCCCUUCCUGGUCAACCAGGGCAUCUCGAUUGGCUCGGCGCUCGCGUCGCAUGCCAUCUACGGCCCGCCCAAGAAGUCGUGGGGUGUCGAGAUGUCGGUCUUUACGCGCGUUCUGCGCGACGUGGCCAACUACUCGGAGUUUGCCUCGAUCGCCGGCCUGCAGCAGUUCUUUGACCUGGGCGCGUUCCUGCCCACGCCCAAGGACGGCCUCAUCACGCCCGUCACGUUCCGCGUCAAGCGGCGCAACCUGCGCGGCUUCCUCGCCGAGGCCGACGCCGCCGAGGACGGCAAGCGCGAGAUCAGCGGCGAGUGGGUCGUCGGCAAGCAGACGUGGCGCCGGCUGCAGGCCGAGUGGCGCAACGGCAAGCAAAAGGGCAAGGAGCGCGUCAUCCUCUACAUCCACGGCGGCGCCUACUUUGUCAUGUCGGCGGCCACUCACCGCCCGCUGACCAUCUCGCUGUCCAAGUACACCGAGUGCCGCGUGUUUGGCAUCAACUACCGCCUGGCGCCCGACACGCGCUUCCCGGGCGCGCUCCACGACUGCGUGGCCAGCUUCUUCCGGCUGACCGACGACCUCGGCAUCCCGGCCAGCAACAUUGUGCUGGGCGCCGACAGCGCCGGAGGCGGUCUGGCGCUCGCCACGAUGAUGUACCUGCGCGACAACGGCUACGACCUGCCGAGCGGCGCGAUGCUCUUCAGCCCUUGGGUGGAUCUGACAAUGUCGUGCGACUCGUGGGAGACCAACUCCGAGUUCGACUACCUGCCGAUGCCCAUCAGCGGCGACCACAUGAACCCAGUCAGCGCCUACCUGGGCGACAAUAUCGACAAGUACCUCACGCACCCGUACGCCAGCCCCCUGUUUGGCGACCUGCACGGUCUGCCGCCGCUGCUGAUCCAGUGCGGCGAUGCCGAGGUGCUGCGCGACGAGGUGACGCUGCUGGCGCACAAGGCGUCGCUGUCGGGCGUGGCGGUGCGCCACGAGCUGUACGAGGACUGCGUGCACGUCUUCCAGGCUUUCCUCUUCCUCGACGCCAGCCGCAAGGCGCUGCAGAGCGCGCGCCACUUUGUGCGCACGGCGCUCGACAAGCGGGGCCGCAAAAAGGCCGCCGAGGUCAGCGAGGGGGCGCGGCGCGGCCUGGACCGCGAGAUGCGCCAGAACAUGGAGGACACCAAGGGCGCCAAGGUGGGCGCCUCGACGGCGGGUCCCCCCGCUCCCGCAGCCGACGGCGACAAGGACGGCAAGGGCAAGGCGGCGCGGCCUACGGGCAAGGACGAGGAUGCGACGGCGACCACUGCGUCGGCCGACGGCGGGCUGGACGAGAUCAUGAACCGGCCCGCCGCCGCAGCUGCCGACGACGACGACGACGACGAGGCAGCCGAGGGCCGGGUGGGCAACCCGACCGACGAGGAGGACUGGGAGCUGGACCGGCGCGCGUCUGGCGAGUUUGCGUCGGCUGCGGUUGCGGAUGCGGCGCAGAAGGCGGCCGCCGGCUCUCUGCAGGCGGCGCAGAAGGCGUUUGGCCACGACGACGACUUUGCGACGCGGGCGACGAGCGCCGGGCGCGAUGCGGUUGCCAAGGCGGCCACGGGCGGCGGCGACGACGACGAGGUGGCCGACGAGAGCGACGUUGCGACGCCGAUGGCGCGGGCGUCUCCGAAGCAGGGUCACGCCCGGCUGGCGUCGGAGGGAUCGGCGACGAGCAGCGGCGGCGGCAGCAGCAGCAGCAGCUUUCCCGCGAUUACGAUUGAGGAGGCGCGGCUGCGCGGGCAGGCUGCGAUGCAGCAGCAGCUGUCUACGCACGCACCGGCGCUGAGUAAGUUCCACGCGCCGCAGAAGCCGCUGACGCCUCGGAUGCGGCGGAGCCAGAGCGGGCGGGAGCUGAGCGGGCUGAUCAAGAGCUUUGAAGAGUCCAAGGGGGCGGGCAAGGCGCUCAAGACGAAUGUCUGGACGCCCGGCGGCGGCUACUCGGAGGGCGACCCGGCGGGCGGCGGCGGCGGCGGCGGCGGCCAAUGA